AUGCGCAACCUCGAGGUCACGGUCGACUCCAUGGAAUUUGCAGCCUGGUUACGCGACAUCUACAAGCUGGAACCUGUUGACGACAGCGAUGAAGAGCAGAUACCCGACGAUCAAGACACCGCGAUGCGCGACCAACCGAAUCUACCACGAAGCACAUCAGCUCUUCAAGCAGAGGCGUCGAAUGAGAUUAUCGAUUUGGGUUCACCCCCAGAUUCGUCAGACAUCGAAGAUGGAUAUGCAUUGCCAUCGGGAAUCAAUAUCGGUGCUGAAGCUGAUCCAGUAGAACACCAGCUCGAAGACUUGACGCGAUCAUCGACACGAGACUCAGUCAUCGCUGACAGCGUAGAGCCAAUCAUGUAUGCGCACCCAGGGCUUCUUGAGCCAGACGGCUUGUCCACCCGUAAACCUAUCAACCAUGGAGAUGAGCCUGAGAACGCCUCGAUCGCUACAGUUCGCCGCUGGAAAUGGGAAGAUCUGAUCGAGCAUCUUGACCGCAAGCGCGUGGUCUCUAAAGUCAUCCAAGAAAUGAAGUUCAACGACCGCGAAGUCAUCCGUAAUCGAAUUCGACUUGUUGGAAAGAUCAAUCUUAUCAAAGAGAUCCGGGCGUGCAUCGGCAUGUUAUACAGAAGAGAAACCAAACUGCAGGGCGUCCUUCCUCGAGAUAUGCCAAAAAUUCUUACGUUCACGAAACUGUUCCUGUCUUGGUGGUUCUGUAGCAACUACUCCCGAGAACCCGAUGCAUCUAAGAAAGAUCUUGAAGAGCUCAGAAAUUGUAUGGAUAGCGGGGCCGCUGAGACAAGCACAUUUUACGACUAUGUGUAUACGAUUAUGGGGACGACGUUCAGCGAAAAGGCUCUGCAGCAUCCUGACCAACCAUCUCAGGCCGAGAUCAUCGAGAUCUCCGACGAUGACUGA